UUCAGACAGCCACUCCGCCGUGUAUUUCAUGUCGGCAUAAAACAACAAUUUCUUCGCUCUGCUUCUACAUCCUGUCCCAUUUCUGUUCGCCACGUCUCUCCUAUGAGUUUCUGUCGUCCCCCCUGCCAUGCUCCGGGUCACCUCGCUGCUGCCUGCCCUGCUCUUCGUUCUGCUGCCGGUUCCGAACCGGGGAUAUUUCCCCGAGGAGCGCUGGAGCCCCGAGUCCCCGUUCCUCGCUCCCCGGGUUGUCAUCGCGCUGGUUUGCCGCAACUCGGCCCACUCUCUGCCGCUUUUCCUCGGAGCCGUCGAGCGGCUUGACUACCCGAAGGACCGCAUUGCGCUGUG